AUGGUGGCGAGCGCCGCCGCGUCCGCGAUGGGCUCCUUCAUCGGCAAGCUGGCCGCCAUGCUCGGCGAGAACUACCAGCUCGCUGGAAAGGUCAGGCGCGGGAUCAGGUCCAUUAAGGACGAGCUGAGCACCAUGGACGCCGUGCUGCAGGAGCUCGCCGAGAAGGACGACGACCAGAUCGACGGACAGACCAAAGAUUGGAGGAACAAGGUGCGUGAGCUAUCCCUCGACAUCGAGGAUUGCAUCGACCGCUUCAUGCUCAAUCGCAGCCAUGGAGGUUCCAAGGCCAACUGCGUGCGCAAGGCCGUGCGGAAGGUGAAGAUCUUGUUGCAGGACCGGGGAUUAGCGGAGGAGAUCCAAGAACUCAAGAGCCUUGCGAUCGAGCAGAGCGAGCGGGCCAAACGCUACGACAUCCAUCAGUGCCAGUGCCUCGCCGCCUCAACACGUCAUCGACAAGUGUGCUUGGACCCUCGAGCACCUGCACUCUUCCAGGAGGCGAGGGAUCUCGUGGGGAUGGAUGAUCCUCGCGGGGAGAUCAUGGAGUUGCUGAAAGCUGGAGAAGAGAAGCGGCACAAGGUGGUGUCCAUCUAUGGAACCGCUGGGCAGGGGAAGACCACUCUCGCCAUGGAGGUGUACCGCAAAAUCUCAGGACCAUUUGAUUGCAGGGCUUUCGUGUCCGUAUCUCAAACUCCAGAUAUGAAGAAGCUUCUUAGAGAUAUACUGUCUCAAAUAAACAAGAGCAUGUUCGAGCAGUCGCAAAGCUGGGAGACCGAGCAGCUCAGACGCACAAUCAGAGAAUACCUAAUGGACAAGAGGUAA